AAGCCCUGGGAGCUCUGGCCGAGCGGGCGGCGUGCUGGGGGGAUGCGCUCCAUCAAGGCUCUGCAGAAUGCGCUGAGCCGGGCCGGCAGUUACUGCCGGCGGGGAGGCUGGGGUCACCUGAGCCGGAGCCCUCACCUUGGCGGGGGCGUCCGGCACCACCUCAGUGAGGCCGCGGCGCAGGGCAGGGAGACGCCACACAGCCACCAGCCGCAGCACCAGGAUCAUGAUUCGUCAGAGAGUGGCAUGCUGUCCCGUCUGGGUGAUCUGCUCUUCUACACUGUUGCUGAGGGACAGGAACGAAUCCCUAUCCACAAGUUCACUACUGCACUGAAGGCCACUGGACUGCAGACGUCAGAUCCCAGGCUCCGGGACUGCAUGAGCCAGAUGCGCCGCAUGGUUCGAGAGACCAGCAGUGGUGGCCUCUUGGACCGAGAUCUCUUCCGAAAGUGUGUGAGCAGGAACAUUGUGCUCCUGACCCAGGCAUUCCGAAAGAAGUUCGUCAUUCCUGAUUUUGAGGAGUUCACGAGCCAUGUGGACCGCAUCUUUGAGGAUGCCAAAGAGCUCACUGGAGGCAAAGUGGCGGCCUACAUCCCUCAGCUGGCCAAGUCAAAUCCAGAUCUGUGGGGCGUCUCCCUGUGCACUGUGGAUGGUCAGCGGCACUCCGUGGGCCACACAAAGAUCCCCUUCUGCCUGCAGUCCUGUGUGAAGCCCCUCACCUAUGCCAUCUCCAUAAGCACCCUAGGCACUGACUACGUGCACAAGUUCGUGGGCAAGGAGCCCAGUGGCCUGCGCUACAACAAGCUCUCCCUCAAUGAGGAAGGAAUCCCCCAUAACCCCAUGGUCAAUGCUGGUGCCAUUGUUGUGAGCUCCCUGAUCAAGAUGGACUGUAACAAAGCAGAGAAGUUUGAUUUUGUCUUGCAGUAUCUGAAUAAAAUGGCUGGGAAUGAAUACAUGGGUUUCAGCAAUGCCACAUUCCAGUCAGAGAAGGAAACAGGGGAUCGGAAUUAUGCCAUCGGCUAUUAUCUAAAGGAAAAGAAGUGCUUUCCUAAAGGGGUGGACAUGAUGGCUGCCCUGGAUCUCUACUUCCAGCUGUGCUCCGUGGAGGUGACCUGUGAAUCAGGCAGUGUCAUGGCAGCCACCCUGGCCAAUGGCGGGAUCUGCCCCAUCACAGGCGAGAGCGUGCUGAGCGCUGAAGCAGUGCGCAACACCCUCAGCCUCAUGCACUCCUGCGGCAUGUAUGACUUCUCGGGCCAGUUUGCUUUCCAUGUGGGCCUGCCUGCCAAGUCAGCUGUGUCAGGAGCCAUCCUCCUGGUGGUGCCCAAUAUCAUGGGAAUGAUGUGUCUAUCACCUCCCCUGGACAAGCUGGGCAACAGCUAUAGGGGUGUCAGCUUCUGCCAAAAGUUGGUAUCUCUCUUCAAUUUCCACAACUAUGACAAUCUGAGGCACUGCGCUCGGAAAUUAGACCCACGGCGUGAAGGGGGAGAAGUUCGGAACAAGACUGUGGUGAACCUGUUAUUUGCUGCCUAUAGUGGAGAUGUCUCAGCUCUUCGAAGGUUUGCCUUGUCAGCCAUGGACAUGGAACAGAAAGACUAUGACUCCCGCACAGCCCUGCAUGUUGCUGCAGCUGAAGGACACACUGAAGUUGUUAAAUUCCUGAUUGAGGCUUGCAAAGUGAAUCCUUUUGUCAAGGACAGGUGGGGCAACAUCCCCCUGGAUGAUGCUGUGCAGUUCAACCACCUGGAGGUGGUUAAACUGCUCCAAGAUUACCAGGACUCAUACACACCAUCUGAGACUCAGGCUGAAGCAGCAGCUGAGGCCCUGUCCAAAGAGAACUUAGAGAGCAUGGUGUGAGCAUGGGGCAUGCACAGUCCCUGCACAAGAAAAAGCACGAGCUGGCCACACACUUAACAUAUAACCACCAAACAUGCUACAGAGGGCCGCACUGCUUCAGUGA